CCAGUUUCUGGCAGUCCUAAAGAAUGUCUACAUUCAGCUUGGCCAUCGUCAUUGUUGCGUUUAUAGUCAGAACUUAUGGACAUGAUUGUAAAGAAUACAGUCUUACGCCAUCAGAUCAGUCUCUUAUUGAUAUGAUGGGGUAUUACUUGCAUACUUCUCGGAAAGCAGACUGUCCUGUAACACAUUCAAAACAAUAUAUUGGUGUGACGUAUGUGAGGUGGGGAAAGAAAACGUGUUCGAAAAAGUCGGACAUUGUGUAUACAGGUCAGGCUGGAGGUAACCAAAACAAUAACAGAGGAGGUGGCUCCAAUUACCUCUGUUUACCCAGUGAUCCCGAAAAUGGCAAAGCAUAUACUCAUAUGCUAAUGAUGGACUAUAUGGUGCAGAGUAUGAGAUAUGGUCACACACUAAACCAUCCGGUCUACCUGCUAGUUUGGGCGACAAAGAGGUUCCAUGUGCAGUAUGCAGGCGGAAAGGGAAAGUGUCCGUGUCAAUGAUACCAGGAAAAAAGUCAUGUUACAAAGGAUGGCAAUCCGAGUACAAUGGCUUCUUGAUGAGUGAACAUAAAACUCAUAACAAUAAAGAUUUUAUAUGUAUGGACGGAGAGGCAGAACCAUUGGACAAUCGAUCAUCCAAUGAAAGUGGUGCAUUGUUUUAUCCUGUCAGAGCGAAAUGUGGUAGUCUGAGAUGUCCUCCAUACAAAGAUAACACAGAAGUACUUUGUACCGUCUGUACAAAAUAAAACAAUAACAUAA